AUACAUAUUAUAUAUGUAUAUAUUUGAUUAGUAUAUGUCAAGUUUGGAACUUGAAGCUUUAAGGGUCCUGGUGAUAUGAAUCUCUUAUAUAUUUAUUAAAGGGGGAAACAAAGGAACAGAAUAACCAGUGUGAAAUAAAGAAAUAGUGGAGGUGAAGCAGAUUGGUGCUUGUGAUACUCUGUGGUUUUUGGAAUUAUUUUGGUGUGAAGAGUCUGUUGUUUAUGUCCCCUGAGCCGACCGAGUGCGCCCGGACUCGGUGGGCUUUGCCGUCAACAAAGGAAACAACCUCUUCCUUGGCUCUCUUGCCAUUCAAGAGAACCUUUUGUUAAAUUAUUACUCGAAAUCCCACCACCAUUUCUCCAGUUAUCUGUUUCUCUCUCUUAUUCAGAUCGCUGUCAAGAUUCGGUCAUACUCUUCCUUAUUAUAUAUCCCUUCCUCUGGAUCGGCCUUUAGUCUAUAGAAUCACCGAAAGCUGAUUGAAUUUGGAAAGCUUGGUCCCCACAGUUGGGGCAUUGGUUACUACUUCUGGCAAGUUUUUCCUGGAGUUGAUGUUAUGUUUCAUUGGUUAUGUGAGUAGCUAAGUGUAUGGUAUUUGCUUUACUUGUAAUCCGAUCGAGUAGCUAAGAAUAUUGUUUUUGAGGUUUUAGAGAGGGAAAAGGUUCUAUUGUUUGUUAAUAUGAAGUUUAUGAAGCUUGGAUCAAAGCCAGAUACCUUUCAGAGCGAUGGGAACAAUGUGAGGAAUGUGGCAAGCGAGCUGGCAACCGACGUAACUGUCAUUGUAGGGGAUGUCAAGUUUUAUCUGCACAAGUUCCCUCUUCUGUCAAAAAGUGCAUACUUGCAAAAGUUGCUUGCAAGUGGUAAUGAGGAAAACAAUGAUGUUCAGAUUUUCGACAUUCCUGGAGGUCCAGCUGCCUUCGAGAUAUGUGUCAAGUUUUGUUAUGGCAUGACUGUCACCCUUAAUCCUUACAAUGUUGUCGCUGCUCGAUGUGCAGCUGAGUACUUAGGAAUGUACGAGACCAUUGAAAAAGGGAACCUAAUUUACAAGAUCGAUGUCUUCCUUAACUCAAGCAUCUUCCACAGCUGGAAGGAUUCGAUCAUUGUUCUUCAGGCCACGAAAUCUAUGUUACCAUUAUCCGAGGAAUUGAAGGUGGUCAGUCUUUGCAUCGAUGCUAUAGCUACCAAGGCUUGCAUUGAUGUUUCCAAGGUCGAUUGGUCCUACACUUAUAACCGGAGGAAGCUCCCAGAGGAAAAUGGGAACGAUCCAAACUCUAAUGGUUUCAGAAGCCGACCUGUGCCAAAGGACUGGUGGGUCGAGGAUUUGUGUGAACUUGAAAUAGAUCUGUAUAAGCGUGUCAUAAUGAAUAUUAAACUAAAAGGAAUACUGUCUCAUGAUGUGAUCGGAGAAGCUUUGAAAGCUUAUUCUUACGGAAGGUUGCCCGGUUUCAGUAAGGGUGGGAUCCAUUCAGGGGAUGUCGUUAAGUAUAGAUCGACAGUUGAAACAAUUGUCUGGUCGUUGCCUGCAGAGAAGGAAAGUGUAUCUUGCGGUUUCUUGCUGAAGUUAUUGAAAGCAGCCAUCGUUGCUGACUCGGGAGAAAUGGCUCAGGAACGACUGGUGAGUCGAAUAGGACAGCAGUUGGAGGAGGCUUCUGUAAACGAUCUUUUGAUACGAGCAGGUGAAGGGGAAGAUGUAAUGUAUGAUGUUGUUAUGGUACAGAAAAUAGUGAAAGAGUUUCUGAUGCAAGAUCAAAAUGCUGAACUCGAGUUGGAAGAAAAUGAGGUCCAGGAAAUACGAAGUCCCGGAAUUUUAACCAAUGCUUCCAAGUUGAUGGUGGCAAAAUUGAUAGAUGCAUACCUUGCUGAAAUCGCAAAAGAUCCUAAUUUACCCUUGUCAAAGUUUGUAGACCUUGCUGAAAUGGUGUCUUGCAUCUCUCGACCCGCUCACGAUGGGAUUUACCGAGCCAUUGACAUGUAUCUCAAGGAACACCCAGGGAUCAGCAAGAGUGAGAGGAAAAGAAUAUGCAAGUUAAUGGACUGCAAGAAACUAUCAGUUGAUGCAUGUAUGCACGCGGUGCAAAACGAGAGGCUCCCGAUGCGUGUAGUUGUGCAAGUCCUGUUUUUCGUGCAGGUGAGGGCUGCUGCUUCAUCAGGAAGCAGCACUCCCGACUUACCUAGAGGCCUGAAGGAUUUAAACAUCGGAUCUCAAAGGAGCUCAAGGUCAGCAGCAACCGACCCGGAGGAAGAUUGGGAUGCAGUGGCCACAGCCGAGGGACUCAAGGCCCUGAAAGGGGAAAUAGCUGCCUUGAGGAUGGGCAGUGGGAUAGGAAGGAGUGAAAGAAACGGUGGUGAUAGCAGAAAUAGCGUCGACAAAGCCGCCAUUAGUAGAGUGAAAGGUUUACUGUCCAAGAGGAUAUUUUCAAAGAUAUGGUCAAGCAAAGGUGAAAACAGUGGUUCAGAUUCGUCAGAGAGUCUCGGCUCGGCCAAUCCUGAAGAAGCGAAAUCAACACCAUCCAGAAAUAGAAGGCAUUCAGUUUCUUAAAGUAGAAAUGUAAGGAAAACAUAGUAGCUGUCUUUUUGGUGGGUUUUUCAGGGCUGUUUCUAAA